UUUGUUUUGGUUAUUAUCAUUACACCACUUUAAUUUAAAUUCUUUGUUGUUUUUAGAUAAAGCGUUGCAAUAAUGACAGAAUUAUCAAAGAAGGAAUCUCCGAAUACUGCAUGUAGUGUUGAUGUCAACGUAGAAUAUUGCGGUGUCUGCGAUUAUGGAGGACACUGCCUCGCACUCGCUCAGACUAUUCGAAAAAGUACUCCAAAUGCUACAGUGUCUUGCAAACGAGGACGACAAGGUAGUUUUGAGGUAGUGAUAAAUGAUAAAUUGGUCUAUUCUAAACUCCAAACUAUGGCUUUACCUGAUUACAAUGAAGUUUCUCAAGUAGUGACCGAUGUAUCAAAUGGAAACGCACCCAGGGAGAUAAAAGGACAACAACCAAUCAACUGUGUAAUAUCAUAACAUUUAUUUAUAAAAUACAUAAUGUAUAUUUAGCUAUGACUUUGAAAAUCCCUGUAACAAACUAGUCUUAAAUGCAUCUGAUAUAAUUAUAAGGCAAGUUCA